UCUCUGUGUUCAGCAGAACAAAGAAAUGUAUACAGAUUUGGAACAACCUGAGCUAAAUGAUGACAGAAUUUUAAUUUAGGGGUGAACUAUCCCUUUAAAUGUUCAGGGCCCACCAAUCCAACACAUAGCUAUAAUAAACUGAUUGACAAAACCUAUGGAUAAAAUAUUGUAUAUAGAGAAGGCUGGAUGGCACUUUAUUUCAGAGGAUAAUUCUGACGGUUUCUUCUGUACUGAUCAAUAAUUGAACAAUAUCCUUUACCCCAGAAGAGGAUUACACAAUCCUCAUUUUAGAUCUUCCUCCUAGCAAAGAAUCACGGCCUCAAGUUCACUUUAAUAUCAUUGGCAGGUAGGGCUGUUUAUUGGCAAGUGCCUCCCGAUACGAUACAUAUCACUAUAGAUGGGUCACGAUACAAUAUAUUGCUAUGUAUUUCGAUACGAUACACAUUUGCGAUAUAUUGCAAUACUUUAAAUAGAAAAUGUAAAAAAUAGAGCUAGAAAUACAACAUGCUGUGCACCACCUGGGGUUUUCUGUACGGAUAAGUGUAAAAACAUCCCUUACCUCUGCAGAGUGGCCAUGAUUGAUGUGUGAUGCAUGGACCUUUAGAUCAGAGGUUUGGGUUCUCAAACUGUGGAUUGCUCCCCUCAAGUGGGUAGCACAGGGGAAUAAGGUGGCUCACGCAAGUCACUUGGCUGUUGUGGUGCAUUACAGUUAAAACAAUGAACAUGGGCAGUAUAAAACCCCUGGUUCAUCUGUGCUGUAAAUGCGCUGGUGUCACAUCCGUGAAAGCACAAUAAAUGUCAUUGUUACAUUUCUUAAUAAACGUUUUGUCUAAUGCACUGCAGUAGCCAAGUGACUUGUGUCAUGACUUGCGAAGCCUACAAACAGCAUUUCUUUUAUAUAACUCAUUACUCCAUUACUUAUUUUGAAAACCAAAUAACACCCACACAUCAGCUCUGAGAGCUCGAAGCGUUCUUAUAUUUUUUGCCAUGCUCGCUCGCUUCCAAUUACUUUUGGCCGUAUUUAUAUGACAUGAUUUUAAAAAAUUAUCGAUAGUAGAGGUAUCACUGUCGAUACACUAUCGAAAAAUAUAUAUAUUGCGAUAGUUACCAAUAGUUAUCAAUGUACCGCCUUUAACCGGCACUGCAAGAUCAAUUUUUGCAUGGCUAAUAAAUCUCUUUUUCAGAUGAUUCAUGAGGAGUGGUUGUGUAGCUCAUUUAAAUUGUGUGAUCUAGUCGCUGUUUCAGAGUCUGUUCACAAUAAUGACUCCACACAGCUAGAAAUCAACAGAAAUUCAUUUCCACAACCUUCUUAUAACCCUUCAUCUAUUAAAACCACUCUGGAAGCUUACAGCCUUUUAUUGGAUUCAACAUCUGAACAGAACGUGAAACAUAGCAAUAGAAAAAUAAUAGAAGAUUGGAAUGCGCAGAGAGAGUCCAUUCAUCACUUUGCGCAAAUGACAGCCAAAAUUAUUUUAGAUUCAGCUGUGAUGAGAGGAGCAACCCCAUCAACUGAACAUGGUGUGAACUACCAUCCUGACAACAAUCUAACUGCCCCACGAGAAACUGUCACAAUGAGAAGGAAUCGCGUGGAGAUGUUGGCUGAGGAGCUAACAUUACAAGCUUGUUACAAAGCUUUGGAAGAAAUCGCUGAACAUUGUGAACAGUCUGAUCCAACUAAGGAUAAUAGAACUAUGGAAGGAGGUUUUGUACCCUUCCCCUCAGGGUACAGCUGUGAUGAAGACACAUCUGAAAUGGAAACAGACACAAAGAUGGAGGAAUAUGAUCACAAAUUUGGUUCUUCGGUAUAUGCCACUUCUUUAAAGAGAAUGGUUACUCUAGGUUCUAUUGAAUACCCUGACGCUCCUCCAAGUACCCCUUUACUUCCAGAAAUGUUAAAGAGUCGAGACAGUUUCUCAAGGAAGCUAAAAGGGGGGCUGGCUAAAGAAUUCCUUCCUUCACCCCCUCCUCCAACCCCCAAAGAUCAGAUGCAGCCCUUAUUGGAGAACCAAAGGACUGACACCCCUACUGACAAAUCAGACUUCAUGAUGAGACUAAUGCGCUCGCUGUCAUUGGAGUGCGGUAAGCAAUGAGGCCAAGAAGAACAGAAGGCUGUAGAAGUUAAUGAUGGUGGACUUCAAAAUGAGAUUCCCAGGCUGUUUGACUAUGCAUCGCAACUGUCCGCAGAUAUUCUUCAUUUUAUUACCACUGAUGACAUAGAAGGAAAUAAACAAGUAUGUGCUAUUGCUGAGCAACUAGCGGAUGAGACUGUCAAAACUUCUUUAGCAGAGGCCAUGGCGAGAGAGAAAGAAAAAAGAAGAGAGCGAAAUGCCAUCCCACUGUCAGCUUCUCAACAAAAACCUAGCAUUGCAGCAGAAGAGAUACAAGUUUUAGCUAGCGAGCUAAUCAUUAAUGCUGUGGUUCAUGCUUUUGCUAUGCUAAAACAGGGUGGGCUUAAACAUGGAACCCAUCCACAUCUUUUGGGCCAAGCAACAGAACAGCAGCCAUGGGAAAAAGAGACAUAUUCCAACACGCAUUUGUGUAAAGACUCAACACAGUCCAACAAAGCCACAACUGUUAGCUGCUGUAAUGAUAAAUCAGAAUUUGACAGCAUUAAAUCUGAUGCAGUGAAGCUGACAUCAUCGGUACACAUUCAUGCUAACAACUUCGCAGAAGGCGUACUCGAAAAUGCUGUGCGUGAUGCUUCCAGCUUACUGGUAAAUGUUAGGCAAACACUGGGAACACAUGUGAACAAUGGCUCACUAACUUGUGUAAUAAAGAUGCAUGCUGAGGAAAGCCAUGAGGUUCAGGAACUGCAGUGUGCUCUACUGUGGGCUGCAGCGUCUCAGAAAGGAGCUUCAGAGCUAUGCAUUGACCUUCCAGACACAAGCCUUAAACAAAGGCUUUGUAGACUCUCUCGCAGUGCCCACGUGAAUGGCUGGACAGUAGGCACUUUAAUAGCAUCAUUGUGCCGGUUUUGUGAUAUGCAGCAAGAGGCCACCAGAGGGCACUAUGAGAGCUCUGAAUCUCUCUUGGAGCAUCUGCAACGCCUUAUUGACAAAACACCUUUAAACUGAUCGUUAACCAGCUUCACCCACUGGACUGCUGUUGUGUAAACUGUAGAACUGGUCAUUGAUUAAGCUGUGAAAGCCUAUAAUCCCCCUCCAAAAAAUACAAGGAAACUUUUAUGACGUGGGCCAAACUGCUGACAUGAUUUUCAGCUACACAAUUUCUCACCACCCUCACAUCCCAAACCUUAACAUUUAUAAAAGGAGACAAGCCAUAACAAAGAAUGUCAUACAGAACAAUAUUAAGUUAUAAUUUAUCUCAUUUUGACCUGUUGCAAAUGAGCCCUCAAAGAUGAAACAGCUGCGUACACGCUCAACGUUUUUAUACUGAUUUGGAACCGGCUCACCCAAUCCGCACGCCAAACCACAGCCGUUGUUAGGGAGGAAGAAAUCUGACCACAAAUCAGUUUUAAAAAGGAUACCGUCCACACAUAACAGAUUGACGCAUUCUUGAAUGAAGAUCUUGUAUUCUGUGUAUUUUUAUUUUCUUCAAAAUGUCAGUUACAAUAAAAAACGUUUCUGCAAAUGAUAAAC